CCCCUCCCAGCAAAACCAGUUCAGUCGGUGCCCGGCUGCCGUGCGCGUCGGUCGUCUUUCGGUAGUGUCUUCGCGUCACGUUGUGUUACGAGAAAAACAUCUUUUUGUACCAAAACCAAACCUGUGCUUGUGUAUUCACAUUUUCAGUGCCCUUGUGAGAUUGUGCCAUUCGAUAUUGUGAUGUUACGUGCUCUUGUGUUGGAUUUCUAUUGAAAAGUGUGGCCGGGGUCCGCCUGCCGCCGCCGGACGCCUUUUCUCUCGGAUCUCGGGAUAUCAUUAAGAUGAACCCGCAAGAUGACUCAGAGAUUUGACCAGAACCGUCUCCUCUGAAGCAAAACCCUCCAUCAUCAGCCAUGAGUUGGCAACACCAAGACUCGGUCUUGGGACCGCUCGAAAAGACUAUCUCAGCAAAACGCCACACCCUACAGGACCUUAAACCACUCCUAGAAGACAGAGGGGGGGACCCGUUGAAGAAAUGUCGAAUAAGGACAGUGUUAAAAACAGACCAUAGUGAAAAUAGUCGAAUUAGCAAUAAUAGUUUUAAUGGGUUAGAGAGUAAGGUUAGUUUUCGAAUUGGAAGCAGAUGGUGCUGUAGGGGUGUUAGGCAGUGGUUUUUGGCGUUUCUGGUGAUGGUGGCAGCUCUGGACAGUACGAGGAUAUGUGCUGAAGCCAGGAGUUCAGAGCCCCGAUACGAGACGGCGUACGCGUGCGAAGGCAAGACCCUGAAGAUCGGCUGCGGCGAGGGUUCCGUCAUCCACCUCAUCAGGGCCAACUAUGGAAGGUUCUCGAUCACCAUCUGCAACGACCACGGCAACACCGACUGGAGCGUCAACUGUAUGUCGACUAGGAGCUUGAGGGUCUUGCAUAGCAGAUGUAGCAUGCACCAAAACUGCAGUAUACUGGCCAGUACGAGUAUGUUCGGCGAUCCUUGUCCAAACACCUUGAAAUAUUUGGAAGCGCAUUAUCAAUGUGUACCAGCAUCAACAACGAGCACGACGAACCGGCCAUCACCUCCAUGGCUGAUCACGUCACAGCCGACGGUGUGGAGGUCCACGCAGCCACCAGCUCCGAAGAGUCCAGUACAGCAACAGGGAGAGAGGAAGAAGCCCACGGUGAUCACACCACCGACCUUCCGGCCUCACAUCACGCUGCCUCCGGAGGUGAAGAUUGGGGAUGUCGCUUCUAAGAAAUCCACAACAAGACAGCCAGAUUCAUCGUCAGAGAAGGAUAUACCGGAAACCCCUAAAGAAGAGAUUCCAGAAGAAAAGAUAGAUGAGAAAGUUGUAGACCAAGAAAACCGACCAAGGAACGAUAAACCCAGCAAACAGGAAGAUGAAGUGACAGAAGAGACUCCUCAUUGGCCAGUGAAAGACGAAGACGCAGAUGCCACGGCCCCAGUACAUGUGCCCAAAGACAUACCGCCUAUUGUAGACACUGAUGUCCAAGAUGAUUUCGACAAACGAUACUCAACAAGUCCAACUCCAGCCUUGGGUAGAAGAGCGUAUUGUCCUCAAGUGAACGCUCGGGGACUCCACUGGAACUGGACCCUCGCCGGCACCUACUUCAUACAGCCGUGUCCAGGGGGCGCCACUGGGCUGGCCAGAUGGAAAUGUGAUUCGGCAGCAGCAUCACAUCACCAAGUAGAAGAGGAGCGGCCGAGGAGACGGAGCUUCGGACUUCAGUCUGGAGAGAACUUCCAUGAUCUUGGCCUUGACCAGCCGAGUGACCGGCACCAGCAGCUGAUGAGGAGACUGGGAUCCGAGGCUUUACUCAAAGGCCGCGACGGAGACUCUCCGGAGCAUCUGAUGGAUUACCGAGGAAACACUGGGGUGCUGCCCGACGCCCAGGCCUCUAGUCACAACCCUGACGGCUUGGCCGAUUAUAACUCUUAUUCGGAUGCAGUACCAGAAUGGCACGGUGCAACGCCAGAUCUGAGCGAGUGUCGGUCAGUCUGGCUGAACAGUCUUGAGGCCAGGGUGCGAGAGGGAGAAUCUAUGCUCAGCAUCAGCAAUGAUUUAGCUCAGGUAACAUCAUCCAAAACCCUUUACGGUGGUGAUAUGAUGACAACGACAAGCAUUAUGAAGAAGCUGGCGCAACGCAUGUCGCAAAAUGUGCAAACUUUCCCGGACGCCAGACAACGGGAGGCCAUAGUCACGGAUAUGCUGCUUGGUGUUAUAAAAACUGGUUCAAAUCUUCUGGAAGACAGUCAGCGUGGCUCCUGGGCUGACCUUAGCCAGGAUGCUCAGAACAGGGCGGCCAGUGCUCUAUUGACUCAGCUCGAAGAAAAUGCUUUCCUCUUAGCCGAUGCAGUCACUAAAGAAAAGACCAUUCUGCAGAUCGUGAAGAAUAUUUGUUUGUCAGUUCGUGUUCUCGAAGUGAAGAAUGUUGAAGAUGAAACGUUUCCAUCGGUCAUUGCUCAGGAACAAUGGAAGGCAUCUGAGGAUACCAUCACAAUACCAAAAGCUGCUUUAGUUGACAAUCGUCAGAACGACCUCGUCAGAAUAGUGUUCUUUGCCUUUGAUCGUCUGGAAGAGAUCCUACCACCAGUCUUCGGGAAGACUCCUCAUUUCGCUCGUCAAUUCGCCUACUCCGGCCAGCCUGCAACUGCUACUAGCAUGAACUCGGAACGAGAGAAACGGAACGUCAGUCGGGUGUUGAAUUCUAAGGUAAUAUCGGCAAGUUUGGGCAACGGCCGCCACAUCCAACUAUCCCAGAUGGUGCGGAUAACAAUGAAACAUUUGAAGACAGAAAACGUCACCAACCCGGCUUGCGUCUUUUGGGAUUACACAUUGCACGGCUGGUCACCCGAAGGUUGUGAGGUGGAAUGGUCUAAUCUGACCCACACUGGCUGUGCUUGCUCUCAUUUGACGAACUUCGCGAUUCUCAUGGACGUUCACGGCACUUCUCUCAGUGACGAACACCAGAUGGCGUUGAGUCUGCUCACGUUCAUUGGAUGCGCGAUUUCGGCGGUUGCUUUGUUAGCGGCCAUUGUUGUUUUCCAGUGCUUUAGGAAUAUGAAGUCGGACCGCGUGUUGAUCCACAAGAACCUGUGCGCGUGCCUCCUCAUCGCGGAGGUUGUCUUCAUGUGCGGCAUCAACCAGACCCAAGACCGAGUGUUGUGCGGCGUCAUCGCCGGCGUCCUCCACUACUUCUUCCUGGCUGCCUUCGCUUGGAUGUUUUUGGAAGGGUUCCACCUCUACGCGAUGCUGGUGGAGGUUUUCGAGCCGGAGCGCCCGCGCGCCCGCUGGUACUGCGCAUGCGCGUACGCCGCGCCCGCCCUGGUGGUGCUGGUCUCCGCCGCGUCGUACCCUCAGGGGUACGGCACCCGGAGACACUGCUGGCUGACCACGGAGAAGCUGUUUGUUAUGAGCUUCGUUGGACCGGUCGCUUUGGUACUUGUGGCCAACUGGAUUUGCUUGAGUAUGGUGAUCUAUAUGAUGUGCCAUCACUCCACUGUGUCGAUCAAGGCAAAAGAGAACUCCAAACUUUAUAAAAUCAGAGUGUGGCUGAAUAGUUCGUUAGUGCUCGCGUUUCUUCUCGGCUUGACGUGGACAUUUGGCCUCCUGUACUUAAACGAGCAGACUGUCGGCCUCGCGUAUACAUUCACCAUUUUGAACUCGCUGCAAGGACUCUUCAUCUUCGUCUUCCACUGUUUGCAGAAUGAGAUCUUCCAGAAAGAGUGCGCUCGCCUCGGCCGUCGGCACCCCUGGCUAUCCUGCUGCCUGUACCUGACGGGCCAGUCCUCUUCAACCCAGUCUCCUCCCCACAACAACCAGCCCACGGCCUCCUCCUCCAACCACCUGGACACCAGACAGGGUUCAGUCAAGAGCCGGAGGUAUCAUCAGAGCACGGCGGCUGAGAGCGACGAUAUCGUGGAUCCGAGGGACGGUGUCACUAGCUACAACUUGCAACCGGACCGAUGGAAUAUCCGACCGACCGCGCCAAUUUACGUUCCGAGCGACGAAACGAGAACCGUGCGCGUUCCAACGCCUCAAAACUUACCCCACAGCGCCUCCCACACCCACAGCAUAGCGUCUAUGCAUAGCUACAGAAACAAUCUCGAUCCGAACGAUUAUCAGAAUAUGAACGCACGCUCUCGGUCGCCAUCUUGCAAGAUGGCCGCCAUCGAUUGGGGGGUCAUGGCUAACCCGAUUGGUGCAGGCAAUGGCUGGAAGAACACUUCUUCUAAGCACCACCACCCUGGAGGCACCUCGACUCUGUCCCACCACGAUACUCUGGCGCGUCAGCUGGCCCAACAGAACCACAUGCAUAGUCCUUACAACGACUGUGAACCCGCGCUGGCGCCCGCCUCGCCCCGCCACAUGAUCAAGGACGAAGAGAGCCCUCUACACCACCCGCAGCAGGGGUACAACACCACCAGAAGCUACAACCAUGACUUCCGCAACCCACACGUCUACAUGUCCCAGCACUCGCCCGGCAGCCAGGAGAUGAUCUUCAGGAAGCACUACAAGGAGGAGAGCCGCCGCAAGCACCAUCACCACGGCAGCCAGAACAUCAACCACACGUACUCCGAGAUCGCGGCGCAGCAGCAGCAGGGCCGCCUGUACCGGCGCGGCUCCGAGCAGGAGUUCCGCGUCAUCCAGGACGACCCCGUCUACGAGGAGAUCGAGAGAAACGAGACUCUAAUGUCCGACAUGUCUGACGACAACUCCGGUCCGGACAGCUGCCGGCAGAACCCGGGCCACCACGGCUCCUCCAGCUCCAAGUUCUACGGAGACCACCGCCCCCUCAUCUCCUACAGUCCGGGGGAGCGGCACCACCACGAGGAACACUUCAAGUAUGGCGGGAACAAGUGGGACAGCCUCGAGCGGUCGUACGACCCGCGGCACGCGGCGUACGAGAGCGGCCGCCUCAUGGGGCACCCCUACCACCAGCCGCAGGAGAACAUGAGGGCGCUGGCCGCGGUCCUCAAUGGAGAGAACAACGUCGUGUGCCACUUGGAGCCGCACAAUUCCUACGACGUGUAUCAGCCACAAAGCGGCAACCCUAGGACUGUGUCUCAGCCCAGUUUCUGAAGAGUCUAAGGCACUGCAAUGUGUCUUCUUCGAGUGAUAGUGAGUUUGUUUCCGAACGUUUCCGGACGGCGUUGUACAGAGAGAGAGGAUGACUUCUCUAUGGUUUUAGAAGUAGGACAGUCGUGUUAUAGCAGACGAAAUAUAAGUGAUUAGUGUUAUGUAGAAACUUGCCAUACUGUGGACUUUUACUAUAUUUAUAUAGACGGUUAGAUUAUAGAGUACGAGCGUCGGUAUUCAUAUCAAUAUUCUUUUACAAGGAUAAAAGUGUUGAGAUUAGGAUAUUUUAUGAAUACGGAUGUUUAAUUUUAAAUCACUUUUUCCACUGUGAUCCUAUUUAAUGUAAAGGCUCAAGAUUCAGUGUUGCGAACAUAUUUUCCGUCGUUCGGCGUAAAACUUGAGAGCGAAUUGUAAAUAAUGACUUUAUAGCGACUAGACAUAGACUUCCUAUUGUGACCUUACUAUUUCUAUUUCUGCCUGAUGUUUUCGGUUUACAAAUGACACGGCAUUUUUGAAUUAUGUGUAUUUUCCGAUCGUUGUAAGUUCAAAAAUCUGUGAUGUUUCAUUUUUACACGUAAUUUUAAGUUUGCUUUUUAGAUUUUUAUGUUUUUUUUAUAAACUCACUGCCAUAAUCAAAAUGCACACUGUAUUUUUGUAUAAUUUUUAUACUUAAUGAGGCAAUAACUUUUUAUAUAAUAGGGCAGCUUUUGUGGUAGCUUUUUUUAUUUGUGUUUUUAAUGGAAAUUCGAAAAAAUCCAUCCAACCUAUUAUAGACUGACACCACUUAAUGUUGUGCACACUUCUGUACAUUUAGAAUUUAGACGUUUAUUAUUAAAACAAAACUAUAAUUAUUUCUACGUUUAUGUAGAUUUAUUUGUAUAUCAACCCGUUACAUAAAGAUAUGUGGUAUUUUCCCGUUAAGUACAUAAUGGAAUUGUUUUAUGAAUUGAUAUGAGUACAAUAAUAAUACUCUUACAAUAUAAAUCUUACUUUCUUGAAAUUUGAAAAAAAAAGCAAUACAUUAGACUGAAGUAUUAGAUAAAUUGUUGGCCUUUUUAGAAUAUUUUUAAUAAAAAAUACUACAUACACUGUAUUAAUAGUUUUAAAGGCCGGAAUUUAUAAAAUACUUUUUAGCAAAAAACUAAUAUACUUUACUUAGAUCCGAUGGACCUACACAACGUUCGAUACUUCGGAAUUGAUAAAUUUUGAUUAAAUAUUUUUUUAUCCAGUUGCUUAUAUUUAACACUCUUCAGAAAUUUGAAUAAAAAUGUUUAACCCUUAACCAUUCCCGAUUAAGAUCCGAAUCUGUGGAUAGUUUGCUUUCAAAUUAGGUAUGCUAGUCCAUCAAUUUUCCCCACUAUUUAAUUUUUAAAAAACUAUAAAGUCUUUGUAUAAAACAAUGUGACUGUGUGUUUUCUGUUGAGAUUUUGUUUUAAUUGUAUUUUAACAACGUUGAUGAAGAACAUAUAUUAAUGUAAAGUAGGCAAAACAAAAUAUGUAAAUAAUUUAAAGUUUAUAUAAAUAAAGCGCAGUUAUUCUCUAAGAAUGACUAAAAUAA